AUGGCACAGUUGGCGCCAUCUUCACAUUGCUACAUUCGAAAGCCAUCCCGGCAGGCCAGUGCCUCUCCGAGUCGCCAUGCCUGCCUCAACUGCGAGCACAGGGACAACCGCGGGUGGGCCUUUCCUAAAGGCAUGCAAACCGCUCCCAUCGUUGUGGCUCCUCCAGCUAUUACACCGUACGCUCCGGAUCCAGGUUCUGCAGGAGCCGCUGGCGACGCGCGCGUAUCCCCAUCCGUACCAGCCGUACCUGCAGCCGUACCAGUAGCCGCAGUCUGCACGGAGGAGGACGUUAGCAAAGAGACGGAGGGUCUUGGUCGGGGGCUUCCGGAGCAGUCGUCUUCCGCUGCGCAGUUUAGUCUGUCCCGCAGCAGCCCACUGGCGGGCGGCCGGUUGGAUGUCGUACACUGGCGGGAGGGCCGUAUGCUGCGGAUCUGGACACCACCCGGUUUCAGCCCCACCUCCUCCUCCCCCUCCUCCUCUCGCGAUCCCCUCCCCGUGCUGUAUCUGAAUGACGGUCAGAACCUGUACGGCGACCAGCCCACCCUCAGCGGCUGCUCGUGGCACGUGGGGGAGGCGGCGGCGGGACUCAUCAACUCGGGGGCACUGCCGCCGUUCGUGGUGGUGGGGAUCGACCAUGCGGGUGACAAGCGUUCGUACGACUACCUGCCGUACCGGCCGGGCACCGCCAACGGCUACCGGCUCGACGCGGCGAACUGGCCCGGUGGCGGCGUCGAGGCUUACCUCCGUGCGGUCGUUGACGAGAUCCUGCCGUACACCGAGCGCACGUACGGCGUGUCUUCGGAGCCUGCACUUCGUGGUUUCGGAGGUUCGUCCUUCGGCGGCAUUUGCGCUCUGUGCGCUGCGAUGCUCCAUCCCGGUGUGUUCGGGGCUCUGCUAGUCGAGAGCCCCAGUUUGUGGUUCGGAGAGGAGCGGCUGCUGCGACAAGACCUGCCCAGCUUCCAGGGACCCUGGCCGGCAAGGAUGUUCCUGGCAAUGGGAACUAAGGAAUAUUCUGGUAUUCGAAAGGAGACCCUGACACCCGAGUUCGAUUCCCGCCUGGUGUCGCUCACACACGAUCUGGCAGCGCUGUUGGAGAGCCGGGGACUGAUGCGAGGAGAGAGGCUGCAACUGGUGAUCGAGGAGGGAGCCACACAUACGGAAGCCGCCUGGGCAGGUCGACUGCCGGCGGCGCUGAGCUCCCUUGGGUUACACUGGUGGCGGCAUGUGCUGUCGCGUUGCCGCGACCACCUCUACUUCACCUUUCCUAGGAAGCUGCUGGCGGGGCGGCCGGCGGUGUUGUUCUUUAAUCAAGCUCGCUCCACCGCGCUGGCCAGCCGUCCACGCGACUCCAUCAAGAUGUCGUACGGCUUCAACGUUGACUGGUCCGUGGGCGGCGGCCGGAUAGACAUGACGCCUGCCGUCGGGCUGACAGCACUGGCGGCGGAAACGCGGGUGGGAAGGGCGACGAACGGGACGUCGCCGCUACCGGCGUACGACAUCGUUGGUGACGUCGCCGAGGCCUUCCACGCCGCCGACGCGUCAAGCUGGCUUCAGGCGACCUUCACGGUGCCGCCUGAGGCGUAUGAGAUGCACAUGGCCUUCAGUGACGGCGACAACGGUAACUGGGAUAACAACGACGGCGCUAACUUCUACGCGCGUGUGAAGAUGGACAUGACGGCGGAGCAGCGGAGCCACACUGUGGAGCAGGCGAUGGCGGAGGGUCCAGCAUGGGGCGACGUGCAGGAGAUUGCCCACAAGAGGUCGGGUUCGAUGUACUUCACCACGCCGGAGUUUCUGGUGGCGGGCGAGCCUGCCGUACUGUACGUCAACCGCCACCGCGUGCGGGGACUAGAGCACAGCCCCAACAUGCGUGUCCAUUUCGGAUUCAACUCCUGGCAGGUUGGCGGUCAGGAGAUGUGCUUGAAACCCAGCUCGCUGUGGCGGGGGGAGUACACGGACUGGUGGUCCGUUCCCCUCACCGUCCCCGGCGACGCCACAGACAUGUCCUUCGCGCUCACAGACGGUCAUGGCGUCUGGGACAACAACUUCGGCAACAACUACAUGUGCCCGGUGAAGAAAGCUCGGGGGACAGGUGGAUUGGUGGAGAGGCGUGUGGAGCCUCGUGGGGUGGAGUCCGAGGAGAGUAUGCCACAUGCUGCAGGAACGCUCCACAUCGUGACGUUGACCAAGCGCAAGGGCGGCGACACGGCGGUACGGGCCAACAAGUGGACGGAGGAGAAACGCGUGCGCGUGUGGACGCCGCCGGGAUUCGAUCCCUCGCGACCGCCACCGGGAGGCUACCCGGUGCUGUACAUGCAAGAUGGUCAAAACAUGUUCGAGGACUGGCUAGCCCACCAAGGCGUGUCUUGGCGUGUGGGUUACACGGCGUCUGACCUCAUCACCCGGGGAGAGCUGCCGCCCUUCGUGGUGGUGGCGGUUGACUCCGUGGGCGCCAUGCGCUCGCUCAACUACCUGCCGUACCCACCCGGCACGGGUGCGGGCGGAUUCCGUGGCGACGCGGAGCGGUGGCCGGGUGGCGGUCUGGAGGCUUACAUGGGCCGGCUGGUGGAGGAGAUCAUGCCGCUGAUACAACAGCGCUUCGCUGUGUCGUCCGACCCAGCCAAAGUGGCUUUUGGCGGUGGCAGCUUUGCGGGUGUGGCGGCCCUGUACGCGGCCAUGCAUUACCCCCAUGUCUUUGGCUGUGUCUUGGCGGAGAGCCCCAGCCUGUGGAUCGCGGAGGGGCGCUUCCUGCAGGAUAUGCGCAUGUACCGCGGCAUGUUGCCUGAGCGAUUGUUCCUAGGGUGCGGGACUAAGGAGUACUCCGCCACCAGGGACCACGACAGGGAGGACGUGGAUGCGCUGCUGCUGAGCUACUGCCAGGAGGCUGCCAGCAUACUGGAGUCUCAGGGGAUGCGCGGCAAUCGGCUGAGGUUCCUUGUGGAGGAAGGCGCGGGUCAUCACGAGCUGGCCUGGCAAUGGCGACUCACGGGGGCAAUGCGCUUUUUGUUCAGUGCCUGGUGGGACGAAUGA